CUCCAGUACUCCCCACUCUCUCUAUAUAGUGAGUGUAAAGAGUAUUCUAUCUUAGCCUCCAUAAGGGAACACAGCUAGAAGAACACCCAUGCUUGGAGGCACCUACAUUGGGUUGCUGGCUACAGCAGCCCUCCUCUCUCUGCUACAGGACGGGACUUACGGAAGUGUUGAGGGUGACAGAUCAUCAGUUACAYUGAGAGAUGCAGGGACCUGCACUGUCUACAGCGACUUCCACUACAGCACCUUUGACUGGGCCAACUUCCGCUUCGUUGUCCCCUGUACCUACGUCCUGGCCCAGCUGUGCUCAUCCUCUGAGAUCCCCCUGUCCCACUUCAGUGUGGAGGUGAAGAAUGAGCAGCGAGGGAACUCCUCUGUAUCUCCUGUUCUGCAGGUCAAUGUGGAGGUGGAGAACCUCAGGGUCUCCCUGCACAAGAGACAGAACCACCGGGUCAUGGUCAACGGCAUUUGGAAGAAACUCCCACUGAGCCUCAACGGUGGCACCAUCAACAUCCGAGGCAAUGCGGCUUCCGUCGUCCUGGAGACUAACUUCAACCUUUUUGUAUCCUAUGAUGACUCCUGUGCCGUCCAUAUCACCGUCCCCGCGUCGUAUUCCGGUAAAGUCUGCGGCAUGUGCGGGAACUUCAACCACCUGAGAGACGAUGAUUACCACACGGCUGACGGUUCUGAGGCUUCAACCGCUGCCACAUUCGGCCAGAGCUGGCAGAGCCAGAAGGCCUGUCAGUCGACCGUUGUCCCCCAUGAGUGUCCCCCUAUGGAGGAGGCAGAGUACGCUAGCGAGCCCAACUGUGGGUCCCUGGUCUCCAGGCACGGGCCCUUCGUAGAAUGUCAGUCUGUCCUGGGAGCCGAGAGCUACUUCCGGAGCUGUGUGGCGGGGAUGUGUGGAGCAGGUGGUGGCCUAGAGGUGCUGUGUGAGGCCCUGCAGUCCUAUGCUGAUAUGUGCCUCAAGGCCGGGGGGCCCGUACCUGCCUGGAGGAACUCGACUAUGUGUCCCCUGGAGUGUGGAGCGAACAGCCAUUACAACGCCUGUGCCGAGGGCUGCCCUGAGGCCUGCUCCAUCAUGGACACCCAAAGGGCGUGUGGAAGCUGUGAGGAAAGGUGUGAGUGCAACCCCGGCUUCAAGCUCAGUGGGGGGAGGUGUGUCUCUGCAGAGGACUGUGGCUGCUGGAUGAAUGGAGUGCACUAUGAGAAAGGCGCGACGUUCAUGGACGGUGAGUGUGAUCGUGUGUGCCAGUGUAUGGGCGGGGACAGACUCCAGUGUUCUGCUUCCUCCUGCGCGGACGACGAGGUGUGCAAGGUCAAAGAGGGGGUCAAGGGUUGCUUCCUCUCCAGCCCAGCCAUCUGCCGCGUCUACGGAGACCCCCACUACAUCACCUUUGACGGCAAGGCAUACACCUUCCAGGGGGGCUGCAGCUACACCCUGGCCAAGACGUGCGGCGGACACACACCCGUCCAGUUCUCGGUGACGGGCCAGAACUGGAACCCGGGGAGCGAGAGCAGUGCUAAGCUGGCCGCAGUGGUUCUGGAGACCAAGGGUCUGCAUUUGAAGAUUGAUAACUACAGCGCCACUGUGAACCAUGUUUGGCAGAGUCUUCCUAUUGCAGUAAACGGCCCGUACGGCGAGGUGAAGCUGUACAAGAAGAAGCAAUACACUGUCAUGGAGACGACCUUUGGCCUCCAGAUGCUGCUGGACGAUCAUCACAGGCUCUUCCUGCAGCUGGACGAGCGCUACAAGGGUGAGAUGUGCGGCCUCUGUGGUACCUACUCCAACGACCAGGGGGAUGACUUCCUGACCCCAAACGGCACCAAACCCGAGACCAAUGAGGUCACGUUCGCCAACAGCUGGAGAGUGAAGAGUCCGGAGGACGAUCGCUGUGUUGCUUCCCCACCUGCCCCCCAACCAUGUGACUCCCAUUUGGACAACCAGGGCCACCAGGAGUGUUCCAAGCUGCUGCGUGACACUUUCAAGCCCUGCCACCCAUUUGUCCACCCCACGUCCUACAUAGUUAGCUGUAUGUCUGACCACUGUGCCUCCGGCGGGGACAUGCAUGUGACAUGCUACUCCCUGAAGUCCUACGUGACCGCCUGUCAGGUGGCCAGUGUUACCUUGCCCCCCUGGUUUAAUGACACCGCCUGUGAUAGCCUACCUGGCCCUCCCACAAAACCACCAGUUACUACACCUGACAAUACAUUUUGUCCUCUAGACUGCAACUUUGACAACAGCGAGUGUGGGUGGGAGCAAAUUGUUCAGGACAGUUUUGAUUGGAGAAGACAGAGAGGCCCAACCCCGUCUGACCUCACAGGGCCAACCCAGGACCAUACCACAGGAGGUGGCUCCUACAUGUACAUUGAGGGUGACGGUGUUUACCACGGAGACUCUGCCCGUAUGAUAAGCCCUAAGUGCCAAAAAGGGGCGACAAAAUACUGCCUGCGCUUCUGGUACCACAUGUACGGACAGGCUAAGGCCAUGAUUCUCAAUGUGUACCAGCUUGACGAGCGCAACAAACACAGGAAACUGUGGUCCAAAGCCAAUAACCAGGGCUCCACAUGGRAUCUUGCAAAAGUGGAUAUCAAUACCGAUGGGUCAUUCCAGAUCAUCAUCGAGGGAAUCCGAGGCUCUGACGAUCAGUCUGACGUGGCAUUUGACGACGUCUCCAUCCAUUAUGGAUCAUGUUCAGGUUCCUCAACAGGUGUUGUUGGUGGACCUUCAGUUCCUCCCCCAGUUGAAGAAGGAUCAUUUGUCCCACACCCAGUGUGCAACUUCGAUUGCACUUUUGAGGAGGACCUCUGCAGUUUUACCCAGCUGAUGACGGAUUCUUUUGAUUGGACAAGGCACAGUGGCUCCACCCCCACUGCGAUGACUGGGCCAUCAGCUGACCACACUAAAGGAGAUGGCGGUCACUACUUGUACAUCGAAGCCAACAAUGUGUCUAACGGAGACACGGCUCGCCUCCUCAGCUCUGAGUGUUCUGACCCCGGUCUUCAGUGUCUGCAGUUCUGGUACCACAUGUCCGGUUCAGCGAAAACCAUGGGCCUGCACGUCUACAUACUCCAGGACCGCAGCGCCGACAUGGUAUGGUGGAAGAGGAACAACCAGGGAGACAGCUGGCAACUAGCCCAGGUGGAUCUCAGGACCACUGGACCUUUCCAGAUCAUCUUCGAGGGCCGAAGAGGCACCACUGAUCAAUCUGAUGUGGCUAUAGAUGAUGUUUCUCUGCAUCGUGGACACUGUGAAGAUCUGAUUAAGCCAACAACACCAACCGAGAAACCUGUGCCAGCAGACAAGUCUACCAUUGUACCAACACCAGCUCCAACCAACUCAACCAUGACAUCUAAACCCUCAACUACUGCUAGGCCACAACCACCAACAACUAUGAGACCAGAAACACCAGCACCACCCACAACUGAAAUACCAAGUCCACCAAGACCGACAACUGAAAGACCACCACCCCCAAGACCGACAAACUAAAGACCACAACCGCCCACCACAGCAAGACCAACACCAUUGUGCCCAAAGAACAGCCACUUCACCCCCUGCAUCUCUGACUGCCAGCCCACCUGUAAGCACCUCCACGGCCCACCCGACUGCCACUCUGAUGAGCACUGCGUACAGGGCUGUGUGUGUGACGACGGCUUUAUGCUCAAUCAGAGGGUGUGUGUACCCACCCAGCAGUGUGGCUGUGUGGACAGCAAUGGCAACAGCCAUCACUUUAAAGAGAGCUGGUACACUGAGCACUGCCAUCGGAAGUGUGAAUGUGUUGAAGAUGAUGGUGUGGGGGAGAUUGACUGCGAUAAUGAAUAUGAGUGUGAUGGGGAUGCCAUCUGUCUUCAGAAUGAAGCCGGACUGUAUUUCUGCAAGUCAACAGGCUUCAGUGAGUGCUCUAUCAAUGGAGACUCAGAGUACAGAACCUUUAACAACAUGAAGCAUGACUUUGAGGGCACAAACUCUUAUGUUCUGGUCCAGACCACAGACCUGUCCAAGAACCAGCCAGACAUCUACAUCGAGGCCAUCAAUGAGAUCGUCAACCAGGAUGGUGAUGACAGUCAUGGUGACAGUAGCCAAGGUGACAGUAGCCAAGGUGACAGUAGUAAUGUUGACAGCAGUGAUGAGGAUGACAAGCAUAAAGACAGCAUGAGAAGGGAGAACAGUGAAGACGAGCAUGAUCACAGCGAUGAGGACAGUGAUGAAGAUAAAACAGAGAACAACAACCGUCUGCGACUCAGAGGGCUGAAGAUCAGAGUCUACAACCACAUAGUGGAGUUCAGGAAGAACAGGAAACUUGUUCUGGAUGGUAGGAGCACACAUGCCCCUGUCUCCCCAGCAAGGGGUCUGAGGAUUCUGGAGAGCUCCUCUCGUAUCUACCUGAAGACAGACUUUGGCCUCUCCGUGGAGUUUGAUGGACACAGCAGAGCAGUAAUCAUCCUGGCCCACACCUACAAGAGGAGAUUGGGAGGCCUGUGUGGCAACUUUGACGGCAAGAAGAAUAAUUACAUGAUGAAGCCGAACGGUAAACAAAAUAAUUUGGAGAGAGCUGAAGAGUGGCMGAGGACAGACUGAGCAUAACAUGGAGAGGAUCACCUUCCCUUCGUAACUUUGCCUAUGGCCAGCGACCUGACCUCAAUGCAUCAAGACCAUUGAAUGUGUAUUUUUUCUUCUUCUCAUAGACAGACACAUUCUUUCCUACAAUGGACACAGUGCAUUUGAAAGCACUUGGGUUUAAAAAAAAAGGGGUUUUGUGGACUAUGGAUCAAUAAAGUAUUCUACUUCUUCCA